UUCACACACAGAGGAGAUUGCAUAUAACAGACUACAAAAUGCUACUACGAAGCGCGUUUCGCUGUGGGAUGUCGGCGAUGAAGUGUACCCGGUCCAUCCACCACAGUCCUCUUUGGAGGAGUCCACUCAUACCAAUUGUCGUGGAGCAGACGGGAAGAGGUGAACGAGCAUAUGACAUCUACUCUCGUCUCUUGAGGGAGAGAAUCAUCUGUGUAAUGGGCCCUAUUGAUGACUCUAUAGCCAGUCUGGUUAUCGCCCAACUUCUCUUUCUUCAGUCAGAGAGUAACAACAAACCCAUCCACAUGUACAUCAACAGUCCCGGUGGUGUGGUGACAGCAGGCCUAGCCAUCUACGACACCAUGCAGUACAUUCUUAAUCCAAUUUCCACUUGGUGUGUGGGUCAGGCAGCUAGUAUGGGUAGCUUGCUUCUGGCGGCAGGUACAGCUGGCAUGAGGCAUUCACUGCCUAAUGCCCGUAUUAUGAUCCACCAGCCCUCUGGAGGAGCAAGGGGUCAAGCCACAGACAUUGCCAUCCAGGCUGAGGAAAUCCUGAAGCUCAAAAGGCAGAUCAACAACAUCUACGCCAAACACACUGGGCAGCCGCUGGAGACCAUCGAGGGUGUGAUGGAGAGAGACCGCUACAUGAGUCCCAUGGAGGCUCAGGACUUCGGCCUUAUUGACAGAGUUCUAGUGCACCCACCCCAAGCUGGCCAGGAUGAGCCUGAGCUGGUCCAGAAGGAGCCAGCGGCCACAGCCAGCCCCUCCGCCACCUCUGAACAUUCGGUCCCUGAGCAAGCUCCUCCUGGGACGAGCACCCCCUCCUCCUACAAACCUGAACCAUGAACUUCCUGUCUCGCCACGAUAAGAGCUCAGCAGACAAGUUUCACAGGAAGUCCUGAAAGUAAGGAGCCAAUGUGGCGCAUUUCAGUAGUCUUAAGUCUUCCUUGUGAGAAUUUUUCCUACUGACCAUGUGCACAAAACACUGUCAUUGUGUACAGCUGUCCAAAAACUGAACAUAUUUAUGCAAUGGGAUUCACAGUACAGCUACAGUAAUAAGUCAAACAUUACCGAUAAUAGCCUAGGUGUUAUGUUGGGUGUUAAGCCUGGACCCAGUACAAUCUGCAUCUCAUUGUUAGAAGACCUGGAAGGCAGCUGGAGCUGUAUUUGAAUAUUCAUGUUUAUUGAUAGAAUUAUGUUAAUACCAUAUGGAGUUAUUUGCUUUAAAAAAUUAGUUGUUUUCAGCAAAAUGUAAUUUUAUAUCAAAUGACCUUACAUCAAGACAAAUUGAGCUGCUGAAAUCCUGUUUUUAAAGUCGAACUGAUACCUCCUAUAUAACAAAAAUUAAACUAUACCAAGAGUU